GCCUGUCGGGAAGUUAGCAACUCGGGAAAUGGGACCACGGCCUCUCUUUCCCUUUCUUCUCCACCUGCCUUGUUUUGCGAGUGCUCCCUUUCCACUCUGUAUUCUCAUCAAAAACUUUGAUCCUACCUAUUGAUACCAGCGCAGGCGGUGUCCUCGGAUUCGAAGCCUUCUUGUGACAUACUCUGUGCAGCAUUCCAGACAGCCUGCUGGCGAGACUUCGAAUUAGUUCAUAGAUAUCUAUGUUGCACGGCUUCUAUCCCAGUCGACAUGCCUUUUCCUGCCUCUUCGUCUUGGUGAUCCUCACUUCACUGUGCGGAAGCAGCAAGGCCGCUCCUAGGUAUCCCCUUACCGGUCGGCAAACGAAUGAUACUCAGAAUAGAGAUGGAACAAACUUAUCCCCUCAAGUUUGGAUUCCCAUCACUGUCGUAGCCAUCAUUGUCGUAGCCGGUGCAAUUCUCACAUGUUCACGCCGAGGAUGGCGAAUACGUUUGUCGAACUGGACAGCUGGUGCAGCUCUUGCAACGGGAACCGUCAUUCGAGGGAGUGCCCGGGAUGGGCCUCGGGAGUUUACAGCAGAGCAAUUAGCGGGAACGACCGGGGAGACGACCACUACUGGCCCGGGGGCAAAUGGCGCUAACACUACUCGUAGCCCUAGACGAUCUCGGAGAAACCGAAGGACACCUAGUAUGGUUUCAACUAGAUCGUUACCGGUUUACAUGAAAGAACCGGGAGACCAGGAACUAGUUAUCUUUCGAGGUCCGGAGGAUAUGGAAGAUGCUUCAAUGACCGUAAUUACAGUGCCAAUGCCUCUCAGCAACGACACCAGCCUUGCUUUGGAUAGCUCUGACAGUACCCUUAGAGAGGACAUCUCCACACAUUCUCCUGAUUAUGAUCCUCUCCCUCACAGCCCGCAUGAUCAACCUCUCCUACAUCCAGACCGUUCACCAAUUCGGAGACAUCCUUCCCAAAAUAGCGGGUCACGUGGAGUCACUGCUCGACCAAGUUAUGAGACGUUGCUCAGCAGUGAAGAUGGUGAUUCUGCCGCAUUGGUGCAUGCCCAUCCUGGCCCUCCCGCACUUCAAGAUGUCCGAGGAGAGGCGCCACCUUACUUUGAAGUUGUUGCAAUGGAUGAUCUUGACAGAACAAUGAGUUUGACAACCGAUCAGGAUCACCAAGAUGUCUCUCCCACAGCAGAUUCACCAGAUCUGUCACGCCCAGAACCCUCUCCUCCACCCCAGCAAAAUGCCGGUGCUCGUAUCCGUUCAUCUAUCCUCGGUCUUUUCAAUUCACGCAGUCAUACUGCCGCCGUACCUCCCCUUCCACCACCUUCAUCUUCUCAGCUUUCUCCAACGCAAAUACCAGGCCGGACAAGCCAUGCACGUUCAGAGUCAGGGCCGUCUGUCAUGUCUGUAGCUACCACCUCAGAAGGUUCUCGUCUGACACACGUUCGUUCUCGCUCACGACCGACAACGCCGGGUCAUCGACCAUCACACUCAGGCACGGCCUCCAUGUUCAGCGUAACUUCGUCUGCGUUCCGUCCCCUCUCCAGGGCACGUUCUCGCUCUCAACAUCAUCUCAAUGGGCAGGGUGACCUGAAUGCGUUGAACUCGCCGUCGACGUUGUCUGUAAAUUCAAUAUCUGCACCGUUGACACAUACCUUGGUGAAGACGGCGAUGACGUAUCCGAAGGCAGGUCCAACGCCGGAACAGCUGAAGUUGAUUAGUUCAAGAGACAGCUUCGCUAGAUUUGGUGUCCCUUACGGACCUGAUGCUAUCGCAUACGCGGCCAGUCAUUCGAGGGUUGAUCUAUCCCUAGGCCCACCUCCAGAAUUCGAAGAGGUUGCCCGCUCAAACCACGCAGGUCCUUCUGGUUUGAGGAAUGAAGAUUCUCCCAGUCCUGAAUCUGAUGAGGAGGAUAUGCCGGUGACAGAGCGCCUGGCCGAACAACCAAGUGUUACUGUAUCACCUUCUGACCCGGCUUCUCAAGCUGCCGUAGUAGACGGUUCUUCUCCUUCACAAGUGGACGAGCAGUCUGCACCGACACAAUUAUCGGAGGGACUGCCAGUAGCACCUUCACCAACUCCGUCAGUCCAACAUCCACUCCAGACCGGGGCGUCACCGCCUUCUGCAUUCAAAGACCCAACUUCUUCUUCAACACUUGCUAGAGCCGAAUCUCGUGCCAGUUCUUAUUUAUCAUUCGCUACGGCUGAAGAAUCUCUUCACUCCUCUGGCGACUUUGUACAUUCUUCCCCCACAUCUAACUCUGCGACACCUGCGAUACCUCAUCUCACUGUACCCGGUACUACACCGACGAUUGUCAUUCCCCACGAUGAAGAUGACGGCGCAGUUGGAGUGAGGGUGGAGUCGGACAUAACAUCAAGUACGACUGCACCUCUCACCCCUCGCAUGAAUUCACGACAUAUUCAUGAAGACACGGACAUGACUAUUACUCCUUCACCAGAAUCUCCUGUUACCGGUUACGCUAUAUGACAUUGAUAUGAUGCUUCACCUAGCCUGUUUCCUCUGUACUCCUUCCCUACAACCCUCACCUCCAUCUUUUUUUCCGACUGACCUGCGGUCAUCAUGCACCAUUACCUACAUCUCGCACUUCUCAUACCUUUUAUCUCUCGCAUUGAUCUCGUACUAAAUCUCUUUGCAUUGCUGCAUUUCUUUGUUUCGUUAAAGUACACUCUCAUUAUGUACUAAUUGUGACAUUCCAAGUUCCCGGAUAUGGAGAUCCUGGUUUUUGCUUUCCAUUCCGUUUGCACGUUUUGGUUCUUUCUCAAUCUACUAUUCUUCAGUCCUUUGUCUACUGGGUCGGACUACAGUUUUGAAUAUAUUCAAAAUCGCAAUGCUUUUAUUAUAAACCAAUUUGUGAUCGUGUUUCGAGC